GUGAGAAAAAAAUCCACAACUAGCCCUAACGUUUUAGAGAGUUAAGAUUUUCGUUCCUCACUCUUCUCACCAGUGAUUGUGAACGGAAGACAUGGAUGAUGAGGUGCGCAAGAUCUUCAGUAAGUUUGACAAAAACGGCGACGGAAAGAUCUCGUGUUCGGAGUUGAAGGACAUGCUUGUUACUCUCGGAUCCAAAACGACUUCUGAGGAGGUGAAACGCAUGAUGGAGGAGAUUGACCAAAACGGCGACGGUUACAUUGACCUCAAGGAGUUCGCCGACUUUCAUUGCAAUGACGUCGGACAUGAAGACUCCAAGGAGCUCCGUGACGCGUUUGAUCUCUACGAUCUCGAUAAGAACGGCCUCAUCUCCGCGAAGGAGUUGCACGACGUGCUCAGAAAGCUCGGCGAGAAGUGCUCCCUCAGCGACUGUCGGAGGAUGAUCAGCAACGUCGACGCAGAUGGCGACGGCAACGUCAACUUCGAGGAGUUCAAAAAGAUGAUGGCUCGCUCUUAGGUUCCAAUCAACAACUCCAUUCUUCAAAGAUGUUAGGUUAGGACUGAAGAUUGAAUAAGAAGGAGCAGCGGUAGUAAUAGUAGCAGUAGUUGGAUUUUAGGUCUCAGUUUCCGAUUAUAUAUAUAUAUACUGAUAAUUCUUGUUUUCUUGGAAAACUUGUGGUUACUUUUUUAAAUCCAUUGUCAUUAAUUUAUAACUGACCUCUUAUUAGCUAAUUCUAAAUCUCAUGCACUGCUGCAAUAUUCUUUGUUUUAACUUGAUUUUUUUUAAAAAAAAUCUCUAAUACGAUUUUUGCGCAUUGUGCAAAUUCGGGAUCGUAAAACAUUCUUGUGUUUCUAAAUAUUGGAAACAUAAAUCGUAUAACUCGUAGCGCAUAAGUUUCGUGAAGUAAGGAAAAAAUAACAGAAGGUUUAAUUGUAAUUUAAUUUUAGUUUUUUUCUUUCCAAACCAUAUAACGAAUAAAUAACGGAAGUUUUGAUUUUAUUUAUUUAUUUUCGUUCCAAACAAUGUAAUAAAUGAUUGGUUGGUGUUGUGUGUCACUUGACGUU